AUGGAUGUUGCAGCUUUGAGAGACCGCAUCCAGUCUACCCUCGACGCCAAUGCGGAUAACAGACGCCAAGCUGAGCUGGACUUGAAAUAUGCCGAGACACAACCGGGCUUCAUAAAUGCGCUUCUGGAUAUUCUGCAGGGGGAACAAAAUAAUGCCGUUCAACUGUCGGCUGGUGUUUAUCUGAAGAACCGAAUCACCCGCGGUUGGUCUGUUGUUGAAGAAAGUCCUUUGCGCGCACCGAUCCCGGAAGAGGAAAAACCGAGUUUUCGAGAACGCCUUAUCCCGGCACUGGCGUCCACCCCUCCGAAUGUCCGAGCACAGCUUGUUCCCCUUCUCCAGAAGAUCCUUCAGCAUGACUUCCCCGAGCAGUGGCCGGGUUUCCUCGAGAUCACCCUUCAGUUGUUGGGUACCAACGAUGCGAACUCCGUCUACGCUGGUCUGCAGUGCUUGCUGGCAAUCUGCCGCGUGUACAGGUUCAAAGCGGGAGAGAAGCGGGAGGAAUUCGAUAAGAUUGUUGAGCACACGUUCCCUCAACUUCUGAACAUCGGGUUGAAGUUGGUCGAUGAGGAAAGUCUGGAAGCUGCGGAAAUGCUUCGGAUUGUUGUCAAGUCGUACAAGCAUGCUAUCUACUUCGAACUCUCGCCGUAUCUCCAAACGCAGCAAGCUACGGUGGAUUGGUGCACGCUCUUUUUGCGCAUCAUCGCCAAGGAGCCUCCGGCAAAUUCCAUGAUGGAAUCCAAGGAAGAAAGAGAGUUGAAUCACUGGUGGAAAUGCAAGAAGUGGUCUUAUGCAAACUUGAACCGUUUGUUCAUUAGAUACGGAAACCCCACAACGAUGACCAAGUCGAGCACUCCCGAUUAUACUCAAUAUGCGAAGAAUUUCAUUGCCAACUUCGCGCCCGAGAUUCUCAAGGGAUAUUUACAGGAGAUCGACAAGUGGGUGUCCAAGGGUCAAUGGCUGAGCAACCCGGCACUCGCCUACACUCUGGUUUUCCUGGAGGAGUGUGUCAAACCCAAGGCCAUGUGGGAUCACCUCAAGCCUCAUAUGGAUAACCUGGUUGCCCAUUUCAUUUUUCCUAUUCUGUGCCAGUCCGAUGAAGACAUCGAGCUAUUCCAGGAGGAUCCUUCGGAAUAUCUUCACCGGAAGUUGAAUUACUACGAAGAGGUUUCGGCACCCGAUGUCGCCGCUACAAAUUUCCUGGUUGCUUUGACCAAGAACCGCAAGAAGCAGACUUUCUCGAUUCUUACAUUUGUCAAUGGCAUCGUCAGCAAGUAUGAGUCUGCUCCGGAGGACCAGAAGUCGCCCAGAGAGAAGGAGGGUGCUUUGCGGAUGAUUGGCUCUCUGGCCUCUGUCAUCCUGGGCAAGAAGAGUCCUAUUGCUGGCGAGGUCGAAUACUUCUUUGUUCGUCACGUCUUCCCGGAGUUCCGUAGCCCUCAUGGCUUCCUCAGGGCCCGUGCGUGCGAUACUCUGGAGAAGUUCGAGCAGCUGGACUUCCAGGACCCGAACAAUCUCAUGAUCAUUUAUAGAAACAUCCUUGAGUCAAUGACAGACCCUGAGUUGCCUGUCAGAGUCGAGGCAGCGCUCGCUUUGCAGCCUCUCAUCCGUCAUGAUAUCAUUAGAACCUCGAUGCAGCAAAACAUUCCCCAGAUCAUGCAGCAGCUCCUCAAGCUCGCCAACGAGGUUGAUGUGGAUGCUUUGGCCAAUGUCAUGGAGGACUUUGUUGAGGUUUUCUCUGCUGAGCUUACUCCCUUCGCUGUUGCGCUUAGCGAGCAGCUUCGUGACACCUACAUGCGUAUUGUUGGAGAGCUCCUGGAGCGUAAUGCCACCAAGGGCGAAGAGGACGCUUACGGCGAGUUCCUGGAUGACAAGAGCAUUACCGCUCUUGGUGUCCUGCAGACGAUUGGCACUUUGAUUCUUACUCUUGAGAGCACUCCCGACGUGCUACUUCACCUCGAGACCAUCCUCAUGCCUGUUAUCAGUAUCACGCUCGAGAACAAACUCUACGACUUGUACAAUGAGGUUUUCGAAAUCAUCGAUAGCUGCACUUUUGCUUCCAAGUCGAUUUCCCCCACCAUGUGGCAGGCCUUCGAGCUCAUCCACAAGACCUUCAAGGCUGGUGCUGAGCUUUACCUCGAGGACAUGCUCCCUGCUCUCGAUAACUAUGUCGCUUACGGCUCCCAGAUGCUGGUUCAGAACCCGGCAUAUCUGGCGGCUGUUGUGGGUAUGGUUCAGGACAUCUUCCAUGACGAAAAAGUGGGUGGUGUUGACCGCAUUUGCGGUUGCAAACUCGCCGAGACUCUGAUGCUUAACCUUCGUGGCUUUAUCGAUCAGUACAUCCCUGUCUUUAUCGAGCUUGCGAUGCGUGUCAUUGACGCAGGAGAGGCGCGCACUAAGUCCUACCGCAUCCACUUGAUGGAGAUGGUCAUUAAUGCUAUCUAUUACAACCCUGUUCUCAGUUUACAGGUACUGGAGGCCAAUGGCUGGACGAACAAGUUCUUCAGCACAUGGUUCUCCAACAUUGACAACUUCAGAAGGGUCCAUGACAAGAAGUUGUCAAUCGCUGCAAUCAGCUCUUUAUUGACACUGAAGGCUGAUAAUGUCCCGACUAGCGUUCAGCAGGGUUGGCCCAGACUUCUCCAGGGAGUGACCAGACUCUUCCAAACUCUACCCGCCGCAAUCAAGAACCGUGAAGACGCCACCAAGGAGUCCGAUUUCACGUAUGAUGACGAGGAAGAUGUUGAGGAUGAGGACAACGACUGGGAUGGUGAGGUUGAAUGGACUGAACAGGACGAGGCUGAGGGUGUCUUGGAAGACGACGUUGCAGACGAGAGCGCCGCCUACCUCGAUUUCCUGAACAAGGAGGCCCAAAAGUUUGGCUCGUUUGCCGAUGAUGACGAUGACGAGCUGGAUGAGGAGAGUCUGCUCGAGACUCCUCUUGACAAGGUCGAGCCUUACGGCAUGUUCAAGCAUGUUUUUAUGAGCCUUCAACAAGAGCAGCCGCAACUCUACGAGAACCUCACAAAAAUUCUGAGUUCGGAGGAACAGCAGGUGCUUCAAGCGGUUUUCCAUGAAGCCGACGCAAAGGCGUUGGCUGCGAAUUCCGAAGCUGCAGCCGCCCAGGCCAAUGGAAACUGA